AUGGCGGGCAAUUUCGACGCGGAGGAUCGUGGGAGCUGGUUCUGGGGUAGGCUGACGAGACAAGAGGCGGUGUCGCUGCUCCAGGGUCAGCGCCACGGCGUGUUCCUAGUACGGGAGUCCAUCACCAGCCACGGGGACUACGUGCUGUCGGUGUCGGAGAACUCCAAAGUGUCGCAUUACAUCAUAAACAGAAUCAGCAACAACAGGCAGUCUGGACCAGGUUUGAACGUUCAGCGCUUUCGCAUAGGAGAUCAGGAGUUUGAAGCUCUGCCUUCAUUACUAGAAUUCUAUAAAAUCCACUACCUGGACACCACUACUUUGAUAGAGCCCAUCAACAAAUCCAAGCACACGUCUUUCAUCAGCGUGGGUCCUGGGGGUCCGCCUCCGCGCCUGGAGGAAGAAUAUGUGCGUGCACUUUUCGACUUUCCCGGGAACGACGAGGAGGACCUGCCAUUUAGAAAGGGCGACAUCUUGCGUGUGCUGGAGAAGCCGGAGGAGCAGUGGUGGAAUGCGCAGAACUCUGAGGGCCGCGCCGGGAUGAUCCCGGUCCCGUACGUGGAGAAGUACCGGCCGGCCUCUCCCACCUCCGGGAUGGGGGGAGGAGCAGCAGGUGGGCCCCAGGGUGGUGGGGUGAUGGCGAACUCGGACGGCUCGGCCUCCCAGGCCGGACCACCUCUGCUCGGGGACCCCAGUCAGUACGCUCAGCCCACACCACUUCCCAAUCUGCUGAACGGACCAGUGUACGCACGAGCCAUUCAGAAGAGGGUCCCCAACGCCUACGACAAGACCGCCCUGGCAUUAGAGGUCGGCGACAUGGUGAAGGUGACCAAAAUCAACGUGAACGGCCAGUGGGAGGGCGAGUGCAAAGGCAAGCGCGGCCACUUCCCCUUCACGCACGUUAAACUGCUGGACCAGCACAACCCCGAGGAGGAGCUGAGCUGA